AUGUCCCCUACAGCUUCCAUGCUUCCAUCGCACGUUAUGAUUGAGACGGACUGGAAGUUUCAGCGCAAGCUCAAGCACCAUCAGCGUGACGUUGGCCGCCGUACUGCUAAAGGCCGCGCCGAGCCCCGAUGUAGGCAUAACUUGCAACAUCAACACCGAGCCCAUGUUAUGCGCACUGAAAGGAAUGCGUGGCUGCCUACGCCCGCCAAGAGUCCACGUUGCCGCAUCCCUAAAAAACUGCGGCAGGCAAACGUUUGGCAACUGAGUCGUUCCGACCGAUUCGCGACCUCGUGGCCCCCGGCAAAGACAGUCAUCGAGGAGCUUGAAGAGGUCAUGGGCGGCAUGUCCACAAUCUUGCUCGCAUCAUCGGCACCGCUGCCUCCGUUUGCAGAAAGGUCGGACGUCUACAGACGAGAGGUGCGUCCCCUGACGCUGAUUGAAAGUGCACGCAUCUUUAACGAGUCCGGCCAAUUGCUCAGCCAUGGCAACCUUGACGAAAUGAGGUCGUCGCCAGAAAUGAUUGGCGAGGGAAAACCCAAGCGCAAGAUCAAGCGCCGGGUAGGGCGUCACAAACUCGAAAACAAGCGCGUGAACGUAGUAGACGCUCUCAACGCCGACGAGGUGGUGCUGGAGCUUAUGUGUCUUCUGCUCCCAGAUGUGGAAGUGACGCAGGAGCUAAAUCUAUUGCUUCUUGGCGGUGCCCAGCACGACCACGUCUUUCCUUUUGAUGAAGACGACAUUAUCGGGAAUGUUCCGGCAGAUACUAAAUUGAAAAAAAGCGUUUUAGACAUCGAUAUGCUCAACUUUCAAGCCGCACUAGCGACCAUGCUAUUUGACUCGGACAUGUCCAUCCAGGAGUUGCCAGCUCAUGGCACAUCUAUAGAAACUCUACAAGAAAUGUAUCUUACGCCACAAUGGAUCGCACACGAGGUGCUUACUAUGGUGAAGCUCGACGUCGUUGCUCAGUACAACCGGUUUGCAGUGAUAAACGCAAUUUUUCGCACGAUUCCAAAAUUACGCUUUUGUCUUAUGAAAGCAACAGCGUCCGUUGCCCUCGCAAUCUUUCAGCAUCAAGGCCUGGUUGAAAUUGUCCCUCGCACUUCUGGCAAGAGCCUUGUCACAAUUAAAGGUCUUCUUGAAUUUCUGAAGGCAGCAAUGGAUGUCAUUGAAAGAGACGCACGAUACAAUGCUGAAGUCUUUGGCAGCAGCGAUGCUCAGAUCUGCGACGCUAUCACUCAGUUAUGUGGCCACAUCAUGCGCGCGAUCCAACUGCUGGUUCGAAGCUAUCCUGGAGGUAUUGGCGCCUCUAAUUCGAAUCGCAACCAACUGGAAAAGUAUGCAGAAUGUAGCGACUCGGCGCAAGCGACGACAUUUCGUGAUAUGGGGGAGCUAGUGAAUCGGAUGGCCACGUUCUCUCCAAUGCACGGCGAGAACUUCCUGCGUUGGAUGUUGCUUAAAUGGCCUCACCGUAAUGUUCAGCUGCAGUUGUUGUUUGUGAGGUAUACAGCGGGUCUGCUUUCGCUUUUCAUGCAGCUUGGCUUGAUGUUUCCCGUAGAUGUCGUGCGCCACGUCUUCACGCGCAUCCAGGUCUGCAUCCAAUCAGCGUAUUUCCUCGUAGCAAAGGAGGCGCUCAACAUGUGUAUGAACUUCCAGCUUAUGACCAUUCACCUAUCAUGCGACCAGGCGCUGCGUGAGAAAAUAGCGUCCGCGCUGCAUGAGAAUGCCACCUCUCAUUGGAACAAGCACAUUCGAGAGAUUUCCGACGAGUGCUUCGACAUGCUGCUAGACUUGGUAUGA